AUGCUUCCUUUUAUCUUUUCUGCCAGUUUGUGGCUUGCUCUUUUGGCUCCUAUACUGGCCGUCAGGGAUGAGCUGGCUGCCGCUCACAGGGAACUUGCUGCUAUUGAACGCAAUCUAACCCGCCAAGGCCAGUCACCUGUGCACCCGCGAUUGGAUACCCUGAAAAAGCAGUUUGAUGUGCUUAAUACUGCAUUUCAGCCAGCAAACUUCUCCUUUAUCCUUCAAGGCAUAGAAUGGGAUUCCAGCAAGUCCUUUACAUCCUUCUCGUAUCCAUGGGGCGGGUCCUGGUACCAUAAGGGUGAUAAAAGUUCUCUGAAUAUAUUCUUUGUCAAACACAUCAGUUGGCAGGCUGAUCUGAUUCUGGGUGGCGAGAGCUCGGGUCCUGAUCUGCUGGAGGGUUAUGCAAAGGAGGAUGGCGUUAGGAUAGCAGCGGGUACGGUUCCUGGCGGAAGCUUUGAGGCUUUUAGCGGAGGCCUAACGACCGUUCACGAAGUCGGUCACUGGUUUGGCUUAGAACACACCUUUGAGGGCGGCUGUGACGGCGAAGGUGAUUUUAUUGACGAUACACCCGCCUCAGCUAACGCCUCUCGCGGCUGUCUAAUCGGUCGCAACUCUUGCCCUGGUAAGGAAGGCCUUGACCCUAUCCACAACAUGAUGGAUUAUUCAGAUGAUGCUUGCAAGACGGGGUUUACACGCGGCCAAAUCGAUCGCAUGCAUGGCCUAUGGAACAAGUACCGCAGCUUCGAGAACGACACCCAGCCUCGGCCUUGGCUUUUAUGGAUACCUAGUAAACCUGUGAGGCAGACGCAUAAGCUACCAUUCUUCCCUGACCCUUGGAAUAUCGACCUGGCCAAGCAGAGAUGUCGACGCAACACCGAAGGCAGCGCCGAAGAGCAUCGAGAGAGCUACUGCGGGACCAACUUGUACUGCCAAGAAAGACUGUACGAGUUUGGCGAUGGCGACAAGUAUGCCGACACAGCUACGUGCCUGUCCGUGCGAACCGACCCCCAAAGCAACGAACCCUAUACUGAGCGGCUUCCAUGGACGACGGGUACGAUUCCUGACGAGGGUUGUCAGAAAUUGAGCUCCUUCAAUUACUUCCCGGAGAGGAUGUGCGGCACGGGCGUCUAUUGCAAAGGGUUCGACUCGCCCAGCCAGGCGACGAUAUCUGAUGCCGAUAAUCGGGAUGCUCGGGGAAGAUACAACAGCAGCACUUCCUGCCUCGAGGACCACGAUCCCGCACCCGCAGCGGCUCCGAAACCCACCGUCGAACCAACUCCAGUUUUACCAACAGUUCAAGUCAAGCAAUGCCGCAGACACCAAUAUAAACUGGAGGUUUUGGAGGGUCAAGCGUGCCCAGAUGGUACAAGUGCUCAGGAAUGGGAGUCGGGAAUGCCGCAACCAACAAAGGAUGCUUCUGGGUGUUAUCAGUUUACCGCAAAUUGUCGGUAA